GGGCAGAGCAUUCCGGCAGCUGGCAUUAUGAAGGGAACACUGCUUGUGCUGGCCUUGCUGGUGACCGGAGAGCUGGGCAUCCAGAGGGCGGAAACUUGCCCUAUUUUUUAUGGAGUCUUUGGUGCGUUGGCUGUUGGAAGCAAGUUUCUGUUGGACGUCAGCCUCGAUCUGGUCCACGCUACCGAACCAGAAAAAGUGGCCUUAGAAAAAAUCCAGGAUUGCUACAAUGAGGCGGGAAUCGAAUCCAAGAUCUUGGAUCUGAUCGUCAUGGGCACUAUCACCACCAGCAAGGAGUGCAUCCACCACGCCAUGGACAUGCUCAAGAAGGAUGUCACUGAACUCCUAAACUGAACUGUUUGGGGAGGUGAAUCUUUGCCACCGAUGCCUGCUCUGAGCUCAGUCUUCCUGCCAUUCUCACCUGAAGUUGGAAUCCAGACACCUGUCCCCACGCUGUCUUCAUCAGGCUGACUCUAAUAAAGCAACUACAGCUCA